AGGUUUCGUAACGAGUAAUAAGAAAAUUGCACGGUGCAACUGACUUUUGGAUUGAGAAAAUCUUUACGGUGUACAACAAAUUUCGUUGUUUUGGAGGAAAAUUGAACAAUAGUACAAUAGAAAAAGGAGUUUUAGAAGUUGAAGAAAGUUCAAGUAUUACUUCUUGAUUUCAUUUUCUGGCGCGCUUGGCUCUCACUCCAUGUCUGAGAAUCCAUUGCACGCUAUCUUUCAAGUCUUCGAAGGAAUAUCGCACUGCGUUCAAACCCAUUUGUCCCAACUAGGCGGCCUUGCAACUGAACAAUCACCCACAAACGGACGCCCCAUCUUUUCUCUCUCCUCACCCUUUAAAGCAAACCAAUUGAUCAGCGCCGACGCUACCCCAACAAUUGUCCCACCAAAAGAGAUCCCAAAUGAGGGAAAAUCUGCCACACCUGUAACAAAAGAAGAGCUUGGCAGGGCCACCUGGACUUUUCUACAUACUCUUGCUGCUCAGUAUCCAGAUAAUCCAACUAGACAGCAAAAGAAGGAUGUAAAACAACUGAUGGACAUAUUAUCUCGGAUGUACCCCUGCAAGGAAUGCGCAGAUCACUUUAAAGAAAUUCUGAGAGUAAAUCCUGUACAGGCUGGAUCUCAAGCUGAAUUUUCACAAUGGUUGUGCCAUGCACACAAUGUUGUUAACAGAAGUCUUGGUAAGGUGGUAUUCCCCUGUGAGCGAGUCGAUGCAAGGUGGGGGAAGUUGGAAUGUGAGCAGCGGGCAUGCGAUCUACAAGGAACUAGUACAACAAACUUCUGGUGACGAAAUGCAUUAGAAGUAUGAUGUUUGUAUUUCAAUUAGUGAUUUUGAUUACUAUUGUGCAUGGAAAAAUCUUAUGUCGGUAUCAUCAUCAUCAUCAUCAUAUUAGGAGGUAUAUGGGCCAUUGAUGCUCUGAUAUCGAUGACCCCACAGUGUUUUUUUUUUCCCUGCUAGUUAAAGUAAAUGUGUUUUCCUUCAUUCCA